CUUUCUCUUUCGACAGGUGUGAAUCGGAUCAGAGAAAGAGAGAGAGAGAGAAAGAGAAAAUGUUAACGACAGUGCUCCUAUCAUUGCUCUUCAUCCUCUCGGAUCACGCGGAAUCGUUCGAGAGGUUGUGCGUGGUAAAGAACGAAACGAGUGCACGUUGCCAGACCUUCAAGGACUUCAGAUACAUCGAAAUCGAGCUCGAGAACUCGAUGAAGGAGCACGUGAGUGAGCCGAACCUCCACCCGUCGGACGUCGUCACCGGCCUCCGCGACCUAGAUCUGUCGAAUGGCUCCCUGGAAAGGAUAAAGACGAGCACCUUUCGACGAUUCUCCAACCUGACAAGCUUGAACCUAGCCGAGAAUCGUAUCCGCGAUAUAGAAACGGGCUCCAUGGACGGACUCGACCGAUUGCACAGCCUCAACCUUCGCGGAAAUCGUCUUCAACACUUGCCUCCCGAACUGGGCCGGCUCAAGUUCCUCAAACACCUCGAUCUCCAAGGUAAUCCCCUUCGAUGCGACUGCGCCACUCUCGCGACCAGGGAUCUGUUAGUGAACAGUGGAGUGAAGUUGGGGGGGAAUAUUACAUGCGCGUCCCCGGCCAUGUCGAAGGGGAUCCCCCUGCAAAAGUUGGACGCCGCGAUCGUUUGCCGAUUCGAGGAGCAGGAUCUCCUCGGGAUGCAGAACGAUCAGGGUGACGAGAAUCACGACGGUUCCGGGGAUUCGUCCGACAAACGCGACAACGACGACGACGACGACGACGACGAGGAAGAGCAGGAGCAAGAGCAGGAAGAGGAGGAGGAAAAAGAGGAGGAGGGGGAGGACAGCAUGGAGAUCAUACGGAUCGUCGAUUCGACCACGAUCCGAGCGGAGAGCGAGACCCCGUUCCGCGAGAUCGACGAGCCCCCACCCCCGGUCUCCACCCCCUUCUUCGAGGAGGUGGAGUCCCCCUCCCAAGCUGAAACCUCGACCAGGGCGGGCGAGGUGAAAGAGGAGGAGGAGGAGCAGCCGUCGUCGAAGACGUUCGCCAACGAGAAGAUACACGAGGAUGGCCUGUUCUAUCCCACCGAGGGUUCAGGCUCUUUGGACGAGGAGGAGGAGGAGGAGGAGGUGGAGGGCUCGGGGAUGGAGGGUUCGGGAACCGGGGGGCUGGUUUCGACCCAUCCAUCGAGGAAAAAGGAAGAGGGGUUCUCGUUGUUCGACGGCCUGUACAACAUACUUUGGGGAACGACGGAGGAGAGCACCAGCUCGACGAACGAGGCUGGCCCCGACCUGGAGGAGGAGCAAUUCAUCGACGUGACCAAGGGGGAGAAGGGGUUGGAAGAGGAGGAGGGGGAGGAGGAGGAGGAGGAGGAUAAAACGUCGACGAGCAGCAGCAUCGCGGCCACCAUCACCACAACCGAGAUCAUCCUCGUCCCGGGUGUAAACGAAUCGAGCAAAUUGGGGAACAUGAAGAUCGCGAACGAGGAUGGGGAGGGGAACGGGGACGAGUUGGCCUCGCCUACCAGGCAAUCGAAGAAGGGGAUGGGCUCGUACGUGGUGCUUGCCGCCCUUUUGGCAAUUCUCGCCACGCUGAUCGGGUUCGCUGCGUACAAGGGCGGGUUCUGCAGGAGGAGGAGGAAACGGGGGGACGUGGAGAACGGGACCGAGUUGAAGGACAUGCAGAAAGCGUUGUUGGAGACGGCCAACGCGGGGGCGCAGGCGAAGGUCGCCUCGAACGGGAACGUGGAGAGCGCCCCCCUCGUCGUCGAUCCCGAAACAGAUCGCGACGAGAUCAAGGUCUCGAACGAUCGUCGGAUCACCGCCGAGAUACCGAAGAGAAGCGCCGUAACCGAGUCUGAGGUGAGACCGAGAUCCCCUUCGCGGGGAAGGAGGAGCAGGAGGGACUCGAUCGAUGGAGACGCGUCGAGGGAGGACGCCGUGGAGGAUUGUGUGUUGCAACAACAACGACAACAACAACAACAGCAGCCCCCGUUGAGCCCUGGCGCCCAGAGAGUGAAGAUCACGGUCCAAGAGAAUCCUGACAGCGUGCCAAAGACGCCUAUACUCAUCACGAGAACGUCGAACGGUGAGAAUCUAGUCAAGACGCCUUGAGAUCGCCCCUCCCCCCUCCCUCGAGGGAAGAAAACGAGAGGAGGGAUUCUGUGAAACGCGAUUUCAUUGUACAUAUUUGCGAAUAAUAGAAUAUAAUAAUAAUAGAAUAUAAUAAUAAUAAUAAUAAUAAUAAUAAUAAUAAUAAUAAUUAUAAUGAUAAUAAUAACAAUAAUAAUUAUGCCGUUUGUUAUAAGGUUUGUGGAUGGAAAACCUAUUUGAUACUACUACUAUUAUUACUACUACUACUAUCAUUAUCACUACUACUAAUUUUAUAUUUACAUAUGUAUACGCAAUAUUAGCACACUAGUCAGUCACCUCUUAAACGGUAUCCCUUCUCGAACGUCGAAUGUACGUCCGGUUUUACGAUAUAAGUUCCAUUAGAAUCCUCUGAACUCAACCACCACCAUUCUUGUUUCGACGUUUAACGAUGCUAUAAACGGUGAGAGAAUCCUCGCCUUUAUAUAUUGUCACAAUCACUCUAAACUUGGUUAAACAUCCGUCUCUGUAAUGUCGUCACGACGAGCCUUUUCGAGUUCGAUAACGCGUCUCGUGAUGACUCUGAGUUUUUUUUUUUUUGAAUGAAGAAGAAGGAAGAAAAGAAAAAAAGAAAAAAAAAAGGAAAUUAAUUUAUACGAAAUAUCAUAUUAUAAUGUAUUUAUACAACGAUUCCAUUCCAGAUUUAAUCGUAUCGUCAUCCCUUUCACGACGAUUGUUCAAUCGUCAUCGAUCGCAUAUCGGACGAUGAAUAAAUUUAAGAAUUUAAGUUAGUUUUUAAGAUAGCUGUUUUAAAGUUAAAGAAGGACUUGAAGGUAACUUGAGAAUUUUAAACUUUAAAGUAAAACGCCAAAUCGUGUUUGCCUUGUAAAUCGAAUUUUUAUGAAAAAUUCAACUUUGAUUUCUGUUGUAUACUUUAUUAUUAAACAAUCCUUUCUAUAUAUACAAAAAUUCCAACAAGAUAAAAGAAGGAAUAAUUAUUAGACGCGUUAGAGAAUAAUGGAUAUAGUUAUAUAUAUAUUUCCAUUUCUCUCUGCAUUCACACCUUUCUCCAUGCCAAAUUUCGAUAAACUUUUUCCAAGACCAAAUGUGUAAAAUAAUCGAAUUUUAAGUUAAUUAAGUAAGAGGAGUGAAAAAAAAAAAAUCCCCCCGAAUAAAAAUUCUUCCAAAGAGAACGUAAACACGCGUACUCGCACUGCUAUCGCGAUAAUUGUUCGCGAUGAAGUUUGGACUCUUGCGCGCUUUGUUCGCUUUGUUCGACUUGUUCACUCAACAAAGUGAAAUCGUGCCGUUGAUACUGUGAUCGUCGUUGAAAUGAUGGAAAAGAAGGGGUAAAGGAGGGGGAGGGGUGGGGGGAGGGGGGAUUGCUCGAUCCUUCGUGAUACAAUCAUAUAACACGUUAAUAUAUCCGCCAUUUUACCUUGUUCCCUGGAUAAAUCUUUUUUUUCUUUUUUUUUUCCAUGCAGCAUUUAUCAAAUG